AUGGCAGUGUCAGCAUCGAUCGUCACUCUCUCGCUCCUCAUUGUUGGAGGCUAUCUCCUUUUCCAGGGCCAGGGUGAGCUGUUCAAUGUGGGUGAGUUCCUAGAAACCACUUCCCCUUACAUGUGGGCAAACUUGGGUAUCGCCAGCUGUAUCGGCUUCUCUGUCAUUGGUGCUGCUUGGGGCAUUUUUGUUACUGGUACUUCCAUCCUCGGUGCUGGUGUGAAGACCCCAAGAAUCACCACUAAAAACUUGAUUUCCAUUAUUUUCUGUGAGGUCGUCGCCAUUUAUGGAUUGAUCAUGGCAAUUGUGUUUUCUGCUAAAGUCACCAAUGUGCCCGAAACCUCCUUGUACACCAAAGAGAACUUGUAUACUGGCUACGCAUUGUUCUGGGCUGGAUUGACCGUGGGUCUCUCCAACUUGUUGUGUGGAAUUGCUGUAGGUGUCACCGGUUCCACCGCUGCCGUCAGUGACGCAGCAGACUCUUCUUUGUUCGUGAAGAUCUUGGUCAUUGAGAUUUUUGCUUCCGUCUUGGGUUUGUUUGGUCUUAUUAUUGGCUUGAUGAUGGGCAGUAAGGCUCCUGAGUUCAAGUAA